GGGGGGGGAGGCGCACACCGCCGCUCGUUCGUCGGCGGGGGUCAGUGUCUGUCUGUGCGGGUGCGGCGGUGGCGAGAGCGUCAGCUUCGCUUUCCUUUGUCCAGUGCGUGGACGCUGGCCACGCUUAGCCGCUGGCGCUUAGCCGCCACUGAGGGUCGCUACUCAACGUCGCGCGCGCAACGCAGACGGACUACACGGCAGGCGCUAUGGCUCCGGACUCUGUCGAAGCGUUCAUAUCCAGCGUCAAGAAGUACCCGAUACUCUACGACUGCAAACGUCUCGGCUACAGGGAUGUUGAAAGAAAGAGGGAGGUUUGGGAAAUGGUCAAGCAAGAAACUGGAAUGGAAACCGUUGACGACUGUCAGCGUCUAUGGAAAUCUCUCAGAGACCGGUACAUUCGAGAACUGAGGGCAUUGGAACAUCCUAGCCAACUGCCUUGGGAAGCACGGAAAAGCAAGUGGACGUACUUCAAUUCCCUGGACUUCUACAAGGACUGCGGUAGAGCUGCAAGAGCCAAACAGCCACUGGGUAUUAGAGACACAGGUGCUUUAGACCACUACUCCAAUGGAAGUGAGCCAGCUGUGUUGGAAGACAGCUUCACAUCAGAAGGCCCUCCUCCUGCUCAUUCCCACUGCCCUAAACUGGUGAUGGGUUCUCCACAGGCAGCGCCCGAGGACUAUGCCCCACUCAGGCUGCACCAGAGUCCCGAGCCACCCGAGAAGAAACCCAUGCUCAAUAAUGAGUCAAUGGACUCAUUUGAAUCGGAGGUACUCAACAUCCUUAACCGUCCACUCGACGAAGACGAAUACUUUGCACUUUCCAUCGUGCCUUCCCUGCGACGCCUAUCCUUGAAGAAGAAGGCGCUUGCCAAAGUCAAGAUACUUCAAGACCUGGCAGUUCUUGAGUUUGGCGAAUGAGAACUGCCAAGUGAUGUAACAUUUGUUCCCCGUCAGUGCCAUAUUUACCAAAGGAAGCGUGGGACCAGUGAUGCCAUGAAGAGAGAAUAUUCCGUGCCUUUUCAGCUGUUCACAGCAGCAAGACUGAAGUCUAAAAAAUGACGCUGUGGUGGGCAUCGAAGCCAAGAGCAGAGAAAUGGCGACACGCCACCUAGUUAAGUGGCAACCACAAUGUCACAACAGUCACAGCUCUUGGUUCAGUUUUUGAUGCACUGUGUUAUGCAAGAACUGUCUCUAUAAAAAAAAAAAUCUUCCAGUGCACAGGACGCUGGCUAUGACAUUCAGGGAUUUCAUUUUAUUGUAGUCGUAGCCAAGCCCGACGAUGACUAGCGAGUCUUGCCAGGUGCAAGGCACAACUGGCUCUGUUGCCGCGUCCCAAAGACAGUGAUAUUUUUCUA